AGUGAUCAUCUCAUCAUAGAAUAGAACGUUCGUUAUCUCUACAAAAUCUGAACCCGAAACGAUAAUUGCGGACACGCCCUUUUUUAUCCCCCAUUCUUCUAUAAACGUUCCUUUAUCUCCAAAUUUCGCUCGUCUCUCUAAAACCGAUUUCUCUGCUCCGAUCUCCCCGAAAUCCGAUCUAUUCCGAUACGUUCUCUGUACCGGUUCAGUUUCUUCGCUUCUCCUGUUGACUUUUCUCUUCGUUCCGUCUCGACCUUCGGAUCUGAUGUCUCGGACAACAAUCACGAUAUUUCGGCACUCAAGUAUCGUACCGGAAUUCGGAAAUUUUCCGGAGUAUUAACAGCUGAUAUUGGAAACUUGAGAGUCUUUUGACGCCUUCUCAGCUAUGCAACACAAGGAUAAUCAAGGUUUAACACCCCCCCGAGCUUCUGAUCCUGGUUGGGCCCAUGGAAUUAUGGUAAAUGGUGGUCGCCAAAAGAUAAAGUGCAAAUACUGUCACAAAAUUAUGCUUGGUGGUGGAAUUUCUAGACUGAAGCAACAUUUAGCUGGGGAAAGAGGGAAUGUAUCUCCAUGUGAGGAAGUACCUGAAGAUGUUAAAGUACAGAUGCAACAACAUUUAGGUUUUAAAGUUUUGGAAAGAUUAAAGAGGCAGAAAGGAUCGAAAAAUAGCAAGGAUUCCAUGUCAUUUAUUCAGGGUAGAGAAGAAGGAGAUGAUGGCGAUGUAGUGCGGCUUCAGGACAUAGUUUCCACUCGAGGCACUGGAAGGAAAAGGGGAAAAGACGUUGUGGAAAGAAUUUUCAAUCGCUCUAAGAGACAGAAGAAGCAACAUUUUUCGACUGUUGCACCUAUUGUUGCUCAACCGAUACACCAGAGUUUUGCUUCCCAGGAGAGCAUGGAUGCAGCUGAUAUGGCUGUUGCGAGAUUUUUGUAUGAUGCAGGCAUACAAUUUACUGCUGCAAAUUCACAGUAUUUUCAAGAGAUGGCUGAUGCAAUUGCUGCUGUAGGCCCUGGUUAUAAGAUGCCUUCCUAUCAUUCUUUGAGGGGUAAAUUGCUGAAAAGGAGUGUUCAGGAAGUGAGUGAAUAUGGUGAAGAAGUGAGAAAGUCUUGGGAGGUGACUGGGUGUUCAGUAAUGGUUGAUAAGUGGAUGGACAGAAACAGUCAUACAGUAAUAAACUUCUUUGUUUAUUGUCCAAAGGGUACUGUGUUCCUAAAAUCUGUUGCUGUGUCAGACAUCACUUCUCCUGAGGCACUUCUAAAUUUUUUUGAUGGUGUUGUUCAAGAUGUUGGGCAAAAGAAUAUUAUCAAUUUUCUAACAGAUAAGUCACCCAGUUUUAAAGCUGCAGGAAAACUUUUAAUGGAAAAAUACAAAACCUUUUUCUGUACUACCUCUGGAGCACAUUGUAUUGACAUAAUGCUUGAGGAAAUUGGAAAAAUGGAUGUAAUGAAAGAGGUCUUGGCAAAGGCUAAACAGGUAACCCAGUUUGUAUAUAACAAUGCUUGGGUCCUCAAUUUAAUGAGGAAGAAAACAGGUGGAAGAGAUAUUAUCCAACUUGCAACCACCAGGUUUGCUUCUAUCUUUCUGACACUGCAAAGCAUCGUCUCUUUGAAGGGCCAUCUUCACCAGAUGUUUACUGGAGCUACUUGGAUGCAGUCAACUUUAUCUAAGCAAAGGGCAGGACUUGAGGUGGCAGAGAUUAUUGUGGAGCCACUUUUCUGGUCAAUGUGUGAGCAAGCGUCAAAGGUGACAAAGCCUUUACUUUCUGUUUUACAGCUUACGGAAUGUGGAGAGAAGCCAUCUAUUGGAUACAUAUAUGAUGCGAUAGAAAAAGCAAAGAAAAGCAUCAUUGUUGCUUUUAACAACAAGGAAUCUGAGUACUUGCCGUAUUUAGAGGUUAUCGAUCGUGUUUGGCAGGAGGAAUUUCAUAGCCCACUUCAUGCAGCUGCAUACUACUUGAACCCCUCCAUAUUUUAUAACCCCAGUUUCUCCUCUAACAAAGUCAUCCAAAAAGGCUUACUUGAUUGCAUUGAAACCUUAGAGCCUGAUUUAACAGCUCAGGUUAUGAUUACAAGCAACAUAAAUUUCUAUGAGGAAGCUGUAGGGGAUUUUGGUCGACCUGUGGCAUUACGUGGUCGAGAUUCAUUGGCUCCAGCUACUUGGUGGUCACUGUAUGCAGCGGAUUACCCAGAUUUACAGCGGUUAGCUGUCAGAAUAUUAAGUCAAACUUGUAGUAUCACCCGAUGUGAGAGAAGUUGGAACAUGUUUGAACGUAUCCAUUUGAAGAAAAGGAACCGGUUGGAGCAUCAGAGGUUGAAUGACCUCAUAUUUGUUCAUUUCAACUUGCACCUUCAAGAGAGGCAAACAGAAGCAAGAAAAGCUAGGAUAAGAAGAGGUAUGCUUGACCCUAUAUGUAUGGAAGCUAUGGAUGCCAACAUGGGUGAUUGGGUGGAGGAUCCAGGAGUAUUGGAGGGUGAGGACCUUAGUUGGAUGGAUGUAACAGUCCCUAGCGAGCCUACUUUUCUGCUUCACAAAGUAAAAGAUCUUGAUGAUUGUAAUGACAGUACAGAUGACAGAGGCAGUGAUGACUCUAGAGGUAUGGAUGAAAAUGAUGAUUUGUAGCACCCAUAUAUUGUUCCAAUAUACCAACUGGACGUGGUUGUUGAUAAUUUAUAGUAGAUUCAAAUUGCUUGGUA